GUCAGCCAAUUAUUUCAAUGAAAUCAAAUAAAAAUCUACUAUUCCGAAGAAACCGAUGAAAGAAAGUAAUGGGGGGUAAAAAGUGGCCGCUUGUUGACCGAGUGCACGAGAUUCAUCCCCUCAACAAUGAUCGUUCGCUCGGCGACACGCGUUCCCACGAACUCGUGUGUCCACCCCUCCCCAUUACUCCACUCUCCCCACUCAGCAAUUUAUACCCCCUCCAGCCACCGAUGAAGAAAGAGUUUCACAUAUCGAAGGUACCCCGUACCCAAUCCCCACUCCCAGAACUGGAACCCGGGGGCCACCACGUGGCGAGCGUACGGCAUUUCUCCUUCCUAUGGCCCUUCCACAUACGGGAUAGGUCGUGUGUCCUGCUCGUCCUCCCGCACACGACAUACGUUCGCCGCCACGCGACCCGUCCGCACGCAUCGGAAACUGUACUAGUCUUUGUUUCAUUUUUCAUUUUUUCAUUAACUUGAGUUCCACAAAGUGUGUAAAUAAUUCCGACGGAGUUCACCAAAAAAUUCGUUGUUAUUAAUUUUUUAUUUUUCAAUAAAAAAUACAAAUUUUCGGGAGAAAGUGACACGAUUGUUCCAAAUUCCUAGCGAACAAUUUUCGAAAAAAAAAAACAAUUUGAUUUCGUGAUGGUAUAAUAAAUCGGUAAUUGUUGUGUGAAUUUAAGUGCGUUAAAGUGAACUGAUAAUUAUUGCAAAUCAAUAUGUGGCGUGUUGUGGUUGCGAGAUCCGAUGAAAACAGUACGUUACUGUCAUCUGAGAUAACGACACCAGUGGGUCCAGGACAUUUAUCGAGCAUUCCCGGCCCACCGACGGGCCACCACUACUACCCUGGAUACCCACCACCCCCUCAUCAUGCGCCUUAUCAGCCGCAACAUCCGGACGUGCGACAUCAUGAAAUGCGAAGUGAUUUGAGACCCGAGUUGAGGCAUCAGGAUAUGCAUAAUCGUCAAGAGCUGAGACACCAGGAGAUGCACAGAGCCGAGAUGAGAAAUGAGGGAGGGAUGAGAACGGAGAUGAGGCAUGAUAUGGGUCAGCAUCAGGAUAUGAAUGGCAUGAGACAGACUCAUGAAUUAACGGAGUUGAGGCCGAGUCACGAAUUGCCAGAAUUGAAAAUUGAUGGGCCUGAAUUGAGGCCGAGGGAUUCGCAGAAUCAGGCACAUCAGAGGAGUCUCAAGAGGACUAUCGGAAGUGAUUCUGAUUGUGAUGAUGUUUUCUCGGAGGAGAGUGGGAAAGAACCAUGCAAUUCACCUGGUGGUGAUUCGUGCCAACAUGCAUCACGAAAAAGGCGAAGGGGGAUGAUUGAAAAAAAAAGGAGAGACAGAAUUAAUGCGUCUUUGGGGGAGCUGAGGAGGCUGGUACCAGCAGCAGCGAGAGAUCCACACUCUGGGAAACUUGAGAAGGCGGAAAUUCUGCAGUUAACUGUUGAACAUCUCCGCACCCUCAGGAACAAAGGUCCAGAGGGCUACGAUAGCACAAAGUUAGCGAUGGACUAUCAUGCAGUGGGCUGGGGUGAAUGUGCCGCCGAAGUAGGCCGUUAUCUGGUGACAAUGGAGGGACUUGAUGAACGAGAUCCACUCAGAUUGAGAUUGCUGUCACACUUGCAGAGUUUUCACCGAGAACAUCCACCGAGCAAUGCUCCGGGUGCAUCCCAGACUUCAUCACUAACGUCAACGUCAACAGCCACAAGUUAUGAUCCAUCAGGUAUGCCAGCAAGUGGAGGGAGUGUGGGGCCCAUUCUUGGCGGUGGUGCUCUGGGCUGGGGGCAGUAUCCAGCGCAGUACCCUCAACAGCAACAUGGCAAGCCUUACCGUCCUUGGGGUGCAGAACUAGCUUAUUGAACGAGUAAAUAAAUAAUUUUAAUUCAACAAAAGGAAAUUCAAGGAAUUGAAGAAGACACUAUGGGAAUUCUGAAAUGUAGAUAAUUUAUUGGAUAGAGUUAUUUGCAGAGCGAAUCGAUUUACAUGAAAAUGAAAAUUUAUUCUUUUAAGAAGACAAAUUUUCUACAAAGACGAUAAUGUUUUACAAGUCCGGCUGAGUACAAAGUGGAAGUCAUUUGAAAAUUUGUGAGUCUUUCAGUGAUAGGCCGUAAUGGAUAAGUCUUACCCACGAAAAUUCUUUGAAUUAUUCCUCCAAACAUUGCUUCCUACGACACUGAGAGAAAAAUAUAAUUUUGCCAAAGAAAUGUUCCCCUGACAACAAUUUAAAUCGAAUUUUUCAAUGGAAAUUUCGGGCAUUUAAUUGUGCAAAACAAAGAUGAUUGGCAAAAUUAUAUUUUUCUAGCAGUACAAGCUGAGUCAAUAAUUAGUAGUACAAUUUUUGUAAAAUUCUGAAUAGACUAAAAUCAGAUUUCCCGGGAUAAAAUCCCGACGAGUUGGGUUACGGCAGGAGAACAAAGAAAUGAAAGUAAAGAAAAAACUCAGGAAUAAACAAAAAAAAUCUAAUAGAGUGAGAAACAAUAUAGUCAUAAAUAAGAAUCUUCAAGUGAAGGUGAAAUAAAAUUGAAAAAAUUAUUUAUUUGGUGUAGUAGAAAGGGCAGUUGACUCUGUGUGUACAGUGUAAAUUGAAAAAAUUGUAAAUAAUAUUGCGGAAUCGAUUGCUCCCUUCGAACCCUUUCUUUAUCUACUCUUAAUGUAUAUUUAUAUUUAUUGAAGGAUAUGAGAUAAGACUUGUAAGUUUCAUUGAAGUGCCAUUUGACAUAUCUAGAUCCAUGUGUGAAAGAAUAUUUUUGCAAUACGAAUUUUUAAUAAAAAUAUUGCGUUCAUGUAUA